GAACUGCAAUGUGAACAAAAGAGGGACGAAGCCGAUGAGCAGAGCAGCCUCCGCACUUGGGUGACAUUCGGCGUAGGUUGAUGCACGGAGCCCGGCGAGCAGCAGAGGCGGUCCAGGCGACAGGUUUCCCAGAGGCGCUUUAGCAACUUUAAAUAAAAAUAGCCUAUCGACGUGCGUGUGUCUGCGCGUCGGUGUUCCCGAUCGCCAGCUCGGAGCUGCGAUGUCCCUGCUUGAGGAAUACGAGAGAGCGCCCAAGCGACUUAAGACGGGAGAGGUGGAGGAGGGCGAGGACCUGGAGGAGGGGGAGGACUCGGGUUCGGGAUCCCCGGCUCUGCUAGGAGACGAGGAAGAUGCGGCCGGGCCAGGUGCAGAAAAGAGGCCGCACUGGUCAUCGGCGAAAUACGGGUCCAGUCGGAGGGACGACGGGGACGAUGCCCACCGGAUCGCCCCCUCUCCCGUGGUGCACGUCCGCGGGCUGUGCGAGUCGGUGGUGGAGGCCGACCUGGUGGAGGCCCUGGAGAAGUUUGGGACAAUAUGCUAUGUGAUGAUGAUGCCCUUCAAGCGGCAGGCCCUGGUGGAGUUCGAGGGCCUGGAGAGCGCCGAUAAGUGUGUCGCCUGUGGAGCCAACGAGGCCGUCUACAUCGCGGGGCAGCAAGCCUUCUUCAACUACUCCACCAGCAAGAGGAUCACCAGGCCCACGAACUCCGACAACCCCAACAGCGGCAACAAGGUGCUGCUGCUGUCCAUCCAGAACCCGCUGUACCCCAUCACAACGGAUGUCUUAUACACAGUGUGUAACCCCAUCGGAAACGUCCUGCGGAUUGUCAUAUUCAAGCGGAAUGGGAUUCAAGCCAUGGUGGAAUUUGAAUCAGUCCAAAGUGCUCAGAAAGCAAAGGCAGCCCUCAACGGAGCAGAUAUAUACGCUGGGUGCUGCACGCUGAAAAUCGAGUAUGCCCGGCCAACCCGCCUUAACGUAAUAAGAAAUGAUAAUGAUAGUUGGGACUACACUAAACCGUAUUUGGUUAGACGAGAAAGGGGAAAAGGAAGGCAAAGACAGGCCAUUCUGGGGGAACAUCCCUCCUCCUACAGUGAUAACGGAUAUGGGUCACACUGCCCCCUGCUGCCACUGCCCAGUAACAACAGGUAUAAAAUGAGCUCCCAUGACAUCCCCGAGGUGGUGGCCUACCCGCUGCCCCAGACGUCCUCCUACAUGGGCCACUCCUCCAGCUCUGUUGCCAUGGUGAGCGGCCUGCACCUCAGCAAGAUGAACUGCGCCAGGGUCUUUAACCUCUUCUGCCUGUAUGGCAACAUCGAGAAGGUGAAGUUCAUGAAGAGCGUCCCGGGCACUGCCCUGGUGGAAAUGGGGGAUGAGUACGCCGUGGACAGAGCCAUCACACACCUCAACAGCAUCAAGGUCUUCGGAAAGAGGCUCAACGUGUGCGUCUCGAAGCAGCACGCGGUCAUCCCCAGCCAGGUCUUUGAGCUGGAGGACGGGACGAGCAGCUACAAGGACUUCGCCAUGACCAGGAACAACCGGUUCUCCAGCGCCGGACAAGCCUCCAAGAACAUCAUCCAGCCGCCUUCCUGCGUCCUGCACUUCUACAACGUCCCGCCUUGCGUCACGGAGGAGGAGCUGCAGCAGUUAUGUACAGAACAUGAUGUGCCUGGUUUUAUCAAGUUCAAGGUGUUUGAUGCAAAACCCUCUUCCAAAACGAUCUCAGGGUUGUUGGAGUUUGACACCAAGGCUGAUGCUGUGGAAGUCCUGACAGUACUCAAUCACUACCAGAUAAGAAUACCAAAUGGCUCCAAUCCCUACACCUUGAAACUGUGCUUCUCCACGUCUUCCCACCUCUAGAGCUGAAGGGGGCACACUUGAGCAGGUUUCGUCAGACAGAAGGAGAAGCGGCAGGAGAGCCAGAGGCAGCCCUCCUGGGAAGGAAUGCGAUGACUUAGGAGUGGCCUUUUCUCAGCCUGCAUAAAACUCGCUCAGACCGUGAAGGCAGCGGAGGAGAAUACAUACACACAAAAGUGCAAAACACUGAAGGUCAUUUCUGUGUCACGAUGAUUUUCUUUUUUUUCCCCGAAACAAACUGAACUCCGAGGCAACAGACGUGAACGUGGUGACCGUUGGAAGGGUCUCGUUUUAUCCAAGUAACCUCGCAGGCUAAAGCGCAUUCGAAGCGAUUAGUUCAACAUGUUGGCCGGCCAAUGGUUCUGAAAGCUGCCCACGAGGAGGUGGAGGAGGAGGAGUGUUGUAAGUGUGAAUCGAUGUCAGUGACGUGUGGUCAACAGUGUAUUUACCAAGUUAUAAAAGCUCCUUCAAGUUCGUGCCAGUAGUUGGCUGCACUCAUUUGGUACCUGAAUGAACAACGUGUUUAUAGGCUGUAAUAUUUAGACAUAUUGUAAUAUAUGAAUGUGUAUAGCACUUGAGGGGUGAGGGGCCUGGGGAAGACUUAUUUAAGACCUGGUGUCUAACUUUAACAGAGGGAAAUGUUUUUUUUUUGAGACGGUACUUUGAUCAGUUUUAGGGACUGUGUUUGUACAAUGUUUACACAUAAAAGUUCAUGGUUCGUGUAGUUGUCAGUGUUUUCAGUGCACUGUUUCGGUGUUUGUAUUUGGCACAUUGCCAUGUUCUCAAUGUAAGCAUGACAGUCAUUAAACAUUUGCUGGAUAACA